UUUUGCGUCAGUGAUUAUUGUUUGCUAUUCCCAUACACACUCCUAGACCCAAACACUUUCACCAUAGACUGAAAAGUUGAGUGGUUUUCAAGACAACAGAGUGUUUCACAAAUCGUCUCUGUCAGACGACGUAUUGAAGUUACAAUUGGGUAGACAGGAAGAGGUUCAGCAGAAUGGCAUUUCUGGGUCGCAUGAACAGCCAGGGUUCCCUGAUCGAUUGCGAGGUCUUUCGCGGUCCACGGUCAAAGAAACAAUCGCCCCAGAGCCCCGCCAGCUCGAACGAGGAAGACGACGAACCGUGCGAUAUGCUACCCCACGCCAAGGGCUCCAGGACCUACAUCAAGACUUACGACAAGGGGAGCCUCCUGCCGGCCAUGGGCAGUCCCAGCACGGUGCGCUACGUGGGCAGCUCCGUGUCGUCCAGCGACCUCGUCUCGUUGGACGAAACGGAGACCUCCACCCUGCGCGGCGGCUCGCUCCCAUCCACGGGCACCCUGGACGACACCAAGAUCGAUGAGGGUGUGGUUGCCGAGCUGGAGCUGGACUCCGAUCCGGACACCCUCCGCGUCCAACUGGACGACAGCAGCAACAGCAGCGUCAGCAGUGACAGCAGUGGCAGCAGGAGUGGCAGCAGCAGAUUCAGCUCCUUCCGGGAGGAGGACAAGGACUCAACCACCUCGAUGUGCAGCUGGGAGGAAGCCAUGUCCCGCAACGAGAGCAUGCGACCCUCGCAAGACAGUAAUGCCAGUGUCACCGUGUCCUCCCUUCGCCUCAACUCUGGUCGCGGAUCGCCACCCCUGACCUUCACCCGCCGCCUCGAUCCUAUGCGCCUAGAACGCCCGGCAGCGGAGGCUUACGAGAACUGGCUGUCGGCGAAGCGCCGACAGCGCCAGACCAAGCGGCAGGCGGACCGAGCGGAAAAGGCAGCGAUGCAGGAAAGGAUAGCUAUGCGGCAGCGUUUGUCGAAGGAGCGGUACGAGCAGUGGUGCCGGCAGAAAACCCAGCAAACUUAUACCGCCAGCAGCACUCCCGCAUCCAGGAACCCCCAAACAGGUGUACCGCCCAGGAAUUCUUACGCAGGAGUACCGCCCAGGAAGUACCCCAAUCCUCAGAAGAAUCACCUCCAUGAGUGGGAGAUGGAGAAACUACGCCUGGCGGAGCAGCGCAGGCUAGAGCUCCAGAGCGCCCAACGGCGGGAAAUGCAAGCGAAGAUGCAGCGCCAACAGGAUGCGGAACAGGCUUUCCAGCGGUGGAUCAAGAACGUGGCCCAACGACCCAAGCCAGUGCCCAGCUGCCAAGGGAUGCAGUCACUCCGCGGCACCAUAUCCAGUAUAUACAUCAAUCCCAAGCAGUGGGUCAAGUGAGGGGGGCUGGGAGUGACGAAUCGACUGUUUAGGAUCUGGAAAGUGCAAAUGAAAUCAUGAAGAUAGGCCAUAUAUAUACCCAUUUGAAUAAAUUAAAUAAAUGCCA